UCUUAUUCCGGAAUAAAAAUCCGAGCUUGCUCCGGUUAUUACACAUCGUCGGAUUGACCCUUGACCUCGAGCAAAAUGGAGGCGUAUGAUAAAAAAAAUUCAGUCUCUAAUUUAUUAUUAAAACCAGAUAUGAUACUUAACUAGAGAUAUGGGGAGCAUGAAAACUUCAGCAUUUUGUACUUUAAAGUACAUAUUUAUAAUCUUCAAUGUUAUUAUAUGGUUGAUUGGUUGUGGACUAUUUUCUGUUGGUAUUUGGAUGCAGGUUAACACAGGACCCUACAUAAAUCUGCUACCCAGCCACUAUGUGUUUGGUGCCACAGCAAUAAUAUGUAUAACAGGUGUUGUGGCACUUAUUAUAGGAUUUUGUGGCCUAGUUGGUGGUAUCAUGGAGAGUCGUCUUUGUAUGGUUGUAUAUUUUGUGUUUAAUAUUGUGGUAUUUGCUGCAGAAAUAACUAUUAUUGCUAUAGGAUUCUCAAAGAAAUCUCAGCUACAGUCUUUUGUGAAGGAAGAGUUAAUGUAUAGUUUAGAGUUUAGUCAUAAUCCUGACAUCCAAUCAAACAAAAGGGAAGGUGUAGAUAAUGUUAUAGAUUACAUACAACAAGAUCUGAAAUGUUGUGGUAUAAACAAUUACACAGACUGGUUUAACCAUCCUGCAUGGCCAGGGAAGAGUUACGUUACCGAUUCCUGCUGUUUACAUGAAGGGGAGGAGUGUGGCAAAUCUUCUACUGCUGUGUGGUUCCGUAGGGGCUGUAAAGGAGAAAUAGAUUAUUGGUUUAUACAGAAUAUGACUGCUUUAGGGAUAUCUGCUUUAAUGAUUAUUGUGUUACAGGUUUGUACAAUGGCAGCUUCACUAUGUUUAUGUUGGGGCUUCAGGGAAGAUAAGUUCAGGAAUUAAAGACUUGACAGUGUUAGAAUGUACCAGGAAACACAAUGUAUAAUAAGCUUUAGCACAGAAACAGAAGUCAAGAAAUCCUAUUUAGCUUUAAAUAUAUCGGCCACACAAACACAUUUUAGCCUAGACUUGAUGGAUUAUUGCUCAUGGAGUAUUUUAUUUGACACCAGUGUUGUCUAUAAAAAUCUGCUCACCGCUUUCUGUAGGUUAUAUAAAAACAGUUAUUUUCUGCUGAAUUCAAAGCUGCUGCUGUUUUUAACAAGCUACAGGGAGCUGUUUUUCACAAACUACAGGGAGAUGUUUUUUUUUCUUAAAAUCAAUGGAACCAUUAUUUACUAUGAAAUAUCAAACCAAAUGCUGCAGGGACAGUAUCAAUUAUAAUUCAGAUAGUGUGUAUCAGCAGCUAACUUUUUUUUAUGAUUAAAUCUUGUGAGAGGAAAUAUUUGGUUUACUUAUGACACUGCUUUACUUUUGAAGUAGUUAUAUAGUCUAUUCCAAUUGUAUGAAUAUCUCCACCAAAGUUGUUUUUUUAUUCAUUCCCAAUUGUACCAAUAUCUCCACCAACAUUGUACUUAUAAAGAUGUAUAUAUGAACCACUUGCGGGUUGGUAAUUUAAAGUAUGACUUUUUUAUUUAGAUAAGAUGAUUUAUGGCUAGAUUUGAUUUCUAAAUGUAUCCAAGAAUCACUGGUUCAUUACUUUGUCAUUGUCUUUGUGACCAUGGUGACAGAGAAAUUUACUUUGUAUUUAAUUUUUUUUUAGCUUUUAUUAGCUUUGUUAAAUGAUUGAGAACUCAUUAAUGAGACCUGAGUGAGGAAAGAAUCAAUUUUCGUUAAUGAACAAAAAUAGAGUCCAUCAAAUGUUUUAUUUCAGGCUAGUCUUGCAUUAAAAUUUUUGGUUUACUUUCUUCACGUGUUAAUGUCAUUUAUAGAAGCAAAAGCUAUUAUUAUUAUUAUCCGACUUAUUGUUUUGAAAAAAUAUAUAUUUCCUAUAUACUUUGUUCAUAUGUAAGUUUUAAAACAUGUACUUAAAACAGAAUCUCUAGUCCCAUUUUAAUCACUCAUCAGUUUAGAUGCUAUUAAUACAGGUAGAUGAAACUUACUUAAAUGAAGAGAUAAAUGAAAAAUGAACAAUUUGAGGCUAAAUUUAUAAGGAUCCAAUGCCGUCAGUCAGCACAAGAGGCAAAGAAGCAGAGCAUCCACUUCCUUCUUAAUUUAAUUUCGGGAUUUUCUAAUUCACUUGAUGUAGUUGGAUGAGGAACGAUCCAAAUGGUUCAUUUACCUGUUUCUGAUGCAUUUUUGGGGUAUUUUUGUUUAAUAAAAUUUAAAUAUACUUGUAUAUAUAAAGACAAGUAAACAAGGUCAAAUUUUGUUCAUACAGAUGUUAAAACCUUUAUUAUCUGUUGUCAUGUUGAGCCAAGCUAUCAUAUUAUUUUAGAUUUAACCGCUUUAUAGAUUUGCAAGUUACAUUCAUUUUCUACCUGAGUUGAUGUGAUAUCUUGAGAAAGGGGCAGGCAUUUAAUAUGAGUUGGUACAAUACAGGGACUUUCUAUACUAAUAAUAGGACUGGUCACUUAUAACGAUGUCUAUACAAAUUAUCAGACUUAUCUCGGCCGUAGCUGAUCAUGAUGUCAUGUGACUUUUUAGCAAAUCAUUUCACAUAUACAAAGUGUUCUUCAUUUUUUUAUGUUCAAGUUUAACAAAAAACGUUUUUUAUGAAAUUUUAUACAUUUUGUCAUUGCAAAAUUUUGUUUUUAAAACUUUGAGGUAUUUGUUCAUUGAAUUUUCAGUAGCCGCCAUCUUGUUCAAUAUAUAUUUCCAUUUUACACAACUGGGAUGUUUUUUAAAAAGUUUAAUAAUUCAUCAUUCUUUCAAAAUCUUAUAUUUUUUGUCACCGUAAAUGGCUAUUAAUCAGAUUUUAUAUAAACAACCAAUAAUAAUUAUAUUAUUACAAUGAACUGUGAAAUACGCAAAUAACUACUCAGCCUUGUAUAUCAGAGAUACGAAACUAAGUUUAUUGAUGGGUGGUAGCUUUAAACAGAUGGCUUAGUAAUCAGUUAAAAUCAAUAGACGAGUACUGUUUGUAUAGAAAGUCCCUGUACAAUGUACAUGAUGUAACUGUUUAAGCUUUAACUGAAUCUCUCUUACAUAAUGCCAUUGUGAACCUCUUGUUUUAUUGAUUGAUCCAACUAAUUUAGGGGUCUAAAUGGCAAAGCAUGAAUCUCACUUUGUCUGUACAAAAGUGGAGUUGAGUAUCAUUUGAUAAAGUCUGCUUUUUUUCAGGAUAAUCCAUCAAUUUGCCAUAAAUAACAGUUUCUGAGUAUGUCAUCAUCCUGUAAACAAUUAGCUAUGUUGUGUAACUUUUGUAUUGCUGAUUAACCUUAGGGACGACAUUAAAAGUUCAAUGAAGGAUAAAACACUUAAUUCACAUAGUUUUUUCACUGACCCCCCCCCUUCUUAACUUAAUUUUGGGAAAAUUGAUUUACCUAAAUCAAUUUUGGAUUAACAAAACUUGCAGCAAUGUUAACCCCCUCCCACCCCAAACUAUUUGAUUUAGUGUUUUUUUUUAAUCCUACAUUGAUCUUUUGAUGUCGUUCUUAAUGUACCUAAGAAAUAUUAUAUUAUUAAGAUGAGGGUAGUAGCCAUAUGUUUAUCAAUCUUUUAGCAUGUAAUACACUUUGUUUAAGUAUUUCUUUUUAUAAUAUUGACAAGUAAAAUAUAUAAAGUUUGCCUAGAAGUUAGUGCCAAUACAUAUAAUGUAGUUUUAUGAUAUUUUUAGUAGUUUUUGAUACAAGGUUCUUUUAUUGACACAUUGUCAUUAAAUUAUUUAUUUCAACACAAAUAUAGAUUAGGUGUUAUAUAUUAUUUUUUAAAACAUCUUUGUUUUAGUAUUUUAAUUUUAUUUUUAGCCUGCAUAUCAAAAAAUAAAUUACGAAAAUCAAAAAAGGGAUUAAUUUUGCACUUCGUGUGACCACUGCAAUUCUAGUCACAAAUAUUUCAUUUAACUUUUCUACUUAUUUGAUUUGUACUGGUAUUGUAAUUGCAAGAGACACAUUUAAAUUAAAUAUCUGCAGAAAUCUUUAACUAUCAAAAUAAGAGAUAGGCCCCAAACAUGAUGUUUGAGUAGUAUAUGUAGUAAGCUAAGCCACACCAAACACCAUGCUAAUAUGUAGGCAACAUCUUCAUAGAUUUGAUUUCCAAUAUUUGAAAUGAUGAAAUAUAAGCUUUUUCUUUGUGUAACCAUGGUAACAAUCUGCAUUUUAUUUAUACAAAAUAUUUCAAAAAGGGAUUUGAGAAUGUUAAAAUAAGUCCCAAAACUUGGUUCAAAGUAUAAUUUCUUUCCAUAAGAAUGAUAUUUUUCUAAAAUCGUUAACAUUUAUUUUUCAAGAGGUACAUGUAAAAUAAAAAUCUGAUGCAUUUCACCUCAUUUUGCCCUAAAAUUGAAUUGAAAAGUUUGAAUCUCAAAUAUAUAUUUGUUGGAAACACUAUUAAAAAUAGUUUUUGAUUAAGAAUUUUGAAUAUAUCCAUCAUCUCCUUUCAUUUACACACUUAAAGUGUAUUUAUUGUAAUCAGAAAGUAUAAAAGAAUGUUUGGUUAUAUUGAUGUGAUCACUUAUCUGCUUGUUUUAUAGUCAAUUGUGUUGCUUACUUUAUCAAAUUAUUAUUCAAGGCCAGUACUUAACGGAUACAAAAAAUAAAGACUGGAAAGAGAGAAGAAAUCUCAUUGUAUAAUUGCCAGUGAAAUAAUGAUUAAUGUAUAUCAGGAGUUGUGUCAUAUAGAAAUCUACCUUAUACCUUAUAUGAAUAUCAAUACAUCUGUUAUAAUAAUAUAAAAAAUUCUUUUAUUAAAGUGGGUAAACACAGUUAGUUACAACAAACUAAACUGCCCUGAGGCCCUCAUGUCCUAUUUCAUGUUGAAAAAAUCUCUAUACCAAGCAAGUUGGUAACUGUUUGAAUAAUUAGUUGUUUCAGCCCAAAUUUCAACUUUCAUUUUAUUCAUUGUAUUUGAUUGUUCCAAAAUGAAUGGAAGUUCCAUACAUAUUUAUAUAUGUGUGUGCACUCACAUACGGUUGAUUUCUUUCUGAUGCAGCUUAAAUAUUAUGAUGAUUAAGAGAUCUUGUAGAACAUGUAUAAAGAAGUUCUGGUAGUUGUUAAAUAUGUAUAUCUCUCAGUACUUAUUAACAGUAAACAUGGUUCAUUAAGAGAUCUUGUAGAACAUGUAUUAAGAAGUUCUGGUAGUUGUUAAAUAUGUAUAUCUCUCUCAGAACUUAUUAACAGUAAAUGUGGUUUAUGGUUGUAGGUUUGUUUAUAAGCUUUAAAUUGCUGAUUUCCUUAUAUGUUAUCAAAGUAUCAGUUUUAUACAGAUUUAUACAAGAAAUAAAGUCUUAACAAAG